AUGGCCCUUCCCCAACAUUACCCAAAACGACCGCCCUCGCCGUCGGACGGCGGGCUGUUCCACCACCGCACGCUGCUGCGACCGCUCAGCCCGCGUGGAAUGCGUUUUGCCCUUCUAGGAUUGCUCACCUUUCUCCUGCUCGUCGCCUGGGCGCACCAACAACAGACCUUCCUCUCGACCGACCUCCUGCCUCCUUUCCUCCGCUCCUCCUCAACAUCACAAACAGCGCUCUCACCUGCCUUUGCGCCCCUACAACCACCAGCCUUCAAACCCGCGCACAGCAACGCCUUCUACCGCCUCUUCUCACCGCCCCCACCGUGCGCCGCCUCCACCGCGAUCCGCCCCGUACCCUCCCAUGCGCAGAUCACCGUCGAAUGCCUCGACGCCUGGAUCGCCGCCGGCACCUGGUCCGGCCCCUGCACCCGCCUGCGCGUGACCGAACCCCGAAUAGACGUCAUCUGGACAUGGGUCAACGGCUCUGACCCUCUCCACGCCGCCGCCCGCGCAGAGCAUGCGGCGGAGCAACCCAAAGACGCAGGACGGCUCGGCGCGAUGAACGCCCAAGCCGGCGCGCUCAAACAGUACCGCGAGCACGGCGAGCUUCUGUAUUCGAUGCGCUCCGUGCGCGACGCGACGCGAGAUUGGGCCGCGUCGAGGUGGCACCUCGUCACCAACUCGUACGACGCUCCGGAAGGCGCGGAACUCGGCGAACGCGACAAGCGCCUCGGUCAGGUCCCGCAGUGGAUGGACCUCCACCUCGCGGAAACGCAAGGCGUCACCUUUCACCACGACGCGGACAUUUUCAAGCCGCUCCCCCAGUCGCCCGACGCCGAGCUGUCCGACAGGGACAUCGCCGCCUGGCGCGCCGCCGUCCUGCCCACCUUCGACAGCAUGGCGGUCGAAUCGCAGCUCGCCAACCUCCCGCCCGCCGCCGUGUCCGACAGCGCGCUGCUCAUGAUGGACGACACCUUCCUCCUCCUCCCCCUCCCGCUCUCCGCCUUCCACACCCCCCUCUCCGGCCCGGUCCUCCGCAUGCAACCCGACCUGCUCGUCCACCCGCUCCCGACAACCCCGGCGCCCACCCCGCAAAACCCGUCCCCCAAAACCCCCGCGCCGCUCCCGCCCGCCUCGGGCGAGUGGCGCGGACUCGGCUCCGCCGCGUCCCACCUCUCCGCGCGGUUCGGCGCGCGCGGCCGCCCGUACCUCGCCCACUUCUCCCGCGCGCUCAACCUCGCGGUCCUCGCCGAGGCCGCGGCGGCGUUUCCCCGCGCGUUCGACGCCGCCGCGCGCGCGCGGUUCAGGGGCAUGAGCGACGCCGAGCCCGAGGCGCACACGCUCUGGCUCGCGAGCCACUUUGUCGUCGAGCGCCACCGCGAGGCGCUGCUCUGGUCCUGGGUCGUCGGCAAGUGGGGCGGCCGGAGGGGCGCGCUCUCGUCCGCGGUCAAGGCCGCGAUGUGGGCCGAACUCGGCGGCGGCGAGGACGCGGAGGGAGAAGAGAUCGCCGUCGGGUUGCCCGUGCGCCGGAGUAAAGACGAGAUGCGCAAGGCUCUUCGCCGGGCGGCGCUCGAGCCGCCGGAACCGGAGGACAAGGCGGACGAGGAGGGUGCGCCGCCGGAGCGGGGCACGACGCAUUACGCGUUUUUGUCCGCGGACGGGUACCCGUACACGUACCUCGACAUGCCGCGCCGGUUCCCCGGCUGGGCGAGCGACAACGGCUGGGCAGAGAUGGGCCCGCGCGCGAGCGAGGAGGACGAGAAGCGGCGGCCGGGCGAGGUCUGUCGGAUCUCGAGGGAGGAGUGUCUCGGAGGGGCAGACGAGGGCGCGCAGGAGGCGUUCGUCCGCGUGCUUCGGGACCGGCCGCAGUGCGGGGACUGCAUCGUCACGGCGCUCGUCGGCAAGUCGGGCGCCACGGGCUUGGAGGCGUUCCUCCCCCCCUCGGACUCGGACUCGGACUCGGCCUCGGAGGACGAGAGCGCGGGGACGGCGCCGCCGCCGGACGAGACGCCCGAGGUGGCGCACCUCCCGCUCGCGCUGCACCCGACGACGGCCUUCCGCCCCGCGCGGCCGCGCGCGUUCGCGCUGAGGCUGCUGCAGCGGUACGCGUUCGCGCUCGGAAGCUCGCCCUCCCGCUUCUUUGGCGUCACCUCGGGCGCGAACGCGGACGCGCACUUCAAGAAGCUCGAGCGCGACCGGGACGUGGCGCUGCUGUGCGUGAACGACGACGUUGCGAACGCGGAUAAGGUCCGCGGCGUGGAGGAGGUGUUGAACGCGUGGUGGGGGAGACGAUGGGGGGAGCGAAUGGAGUUCGAGAUGUAA